CACCCAAUUCUAGUCGUGUGUUUGACGUGCAGGUAACACAAGGAAUUGAGAGAAUUUUGAGAAUAAGAGGAGCCCAAUUACAUCGUCAAAAAAUGCGGACACGCACUAUUCUGUAUUGCGUUGCGGUAGGAUUUUUAAUCCUCGGGGUGCUCAUGGGUGAAGUGGAGGCAAGACGUAAAAUUCUCCGUGGAAGAAAAACACUCACUCGACAUUACUACCGAGGUCUUGCUAUACCUGCCUGGUCUAUCGUUCUUCUCUGCGGAAUUGGAAUGUUAACACUCGGUGGAGGACUCUACCUUCUGCUCCGAAAAUUCGUCGUCAAUGGUACUGACGAUAACGAUAUAAGAACUUACCAUCCAGCCAUGCAGGAUGAAGUGUAAUCAUUCCACAUUAAUGACACAAUCAAAAUAAAUUUUAUUGCAAAUAAA